UCGCGCGUUAGGUUCAUUCCUGAGGCGAAUGGGAUUAUAAUUCCCACAGAGUUCUUCGCAAACUAAUUUCUCCAUUGGGCUUAGUCCAGAAACUCAAAUAAGUAAUAGUGGAAUCGGCUUAGUUAUAUAAGCACAAUAACGAUACGCGAACUUUUGAAUAUAUAUCUGCUACUGCCCUGCUGCUGACAGUGUGUUUGUGUAUCUGUGGAAGUCCCAGUGCAUUCCGGUUUUUGGAAUAUCGUACAUAUAAACUUCGCUACGUCAGAGCUACUUGGCUUCACACUGAAAUUCCGACAUCGAAAAACCCCAAAAGACAUCAAUAAAAAAAUAAAUAAAAAACCUCAAUAAUUGGACGCACACCCACAUGUUUACCCAUACAGUGUGAUUUCAUUCGUGUUGUGCCCACAAUCUUUAAUACCAUAUCGAUUCUCCCAACUCUGGAAAGUCUGAUAACCGAGGCUUAAACCAACUAACAAACGAUUGACAGCCGCAAAAUGCUACAAAUACCAGCUCGCAUUAUGGUCCUGUGGAUCCCAUUGGUAUUAAGCGCAAUUGGACUUUGCUCGUCACAGGAUAAAGUGCCACAGCUGUCGGUGGGAAAUCCCCUGAUAGCUUUAACUGAUUCGACAGCCUUCGAAAGGCAAGCCAGCCGUGUCCAGUCACUGCGAAGUAACUUCGACAGCGAGGUGUUGCUAAAUAUAUCGCAGGGAGCCCAGGAAUUCGCCCUCGAUAUUCUGCAGCGCAUAUCUGUCGAGGUUCACAAGACCCAAAGGGACUUCAUGGUGUCACCCUUCUCGGUAUGGUCGCUCCUGGUGCUCCUUUACGAGGGAUCAUCGGGCGAAACCUACAACCAGCUGCGUAAGGCGCUGCGGAUCAAUGUCGAAGAUGAGAAGCUGCGGGGCGUCUACCAGGUGUGGAAUUCGUAUUUGAACACUAAAACAUCCACUAUUGAAGUGGCCUCUCUUCAGGCUGUUUACACCGACACAGAUUACCCGAUAAAGAGCAGCUACCGAAGUGCCAUCCAGAAUUACAACGUUCAGCCGAUGGAAGUGGAUUUCUACGAUCGGGACACAGUGCAUUUGAUUAAUGAGGCCACCAAUCGCACCACUCGAGGACUGAUUCCGUACACUGUUCUGCCGCAGGAACUGUAUGGAGCCAAGAUGUUCCUGCUCUCCUCGCUCUUCUUUAAGGGCCAAUGGAAGUUCCCCUUCAACCGAACUCUCACCAGAGUAGAAUCAUUCUUCAACGAGGAUGGCGAGGUGGUGGCCCGCAUUCCUAUGAUGGUACAGGAGGCAAACUUCGCCUAUGCCUCCAACAUCGAGGGUCUGGAUGGUUACGUUCUCGAGCUGCCCUAUGGCAGCCAGGACAGGCUGUCGAUGAUCGUGAUUCUUCCCAAGCGGGGUUUUAAACUCAACGACGUGGCCAACAAUCUGAAAAACAUCGGCAUGGGUCCCAUCAUAAAGCGCCUGGCUGCCUUCAAGGCCAAUAGCUUCUCCGAGGAUAACGAGGUGGAGGUAAUGAUGCCAAAAUUCGUGACGACCACAGACUUUAAGCUAAAGGAUAUACUUAAUGAGAUGGGAAUCCGUGAUCUUUUCGACGAGAAUACAGCCAACCUGAGUCGCAUGGCGCCUGGAUUGGUCGCUCAGCUUUGCGUUCAUUCCACCAAGAUCAUUGUUGACGAGGAGGGCACUACAGCGGGCGCCGUUACGGAGGCUUCGCUGGUCAACAAAGCCACACCGCCAAAGUUCCAGCUGAACAAGCCCUUUCAGUACAUGAUCGUGGAGAAGGAGACCAACCUGUUGCUCUUCGCCGGCCAAGUGCGGAACCCUAAGGCGACUUAGCGAUAUGGGCGAAACUUUAUUCAAAUGCCAGAUGCAAUAACACAACGUUAUUUUAGGUCA